AUGUUUGACGUGCAUUCACUGCUUGGUGUUCUGGAGGUGGGUGGCUGAUAGCCACCAUGAUUUUGCUUUAAGUGGUGGUCUGAUUCUGAAUUCCAGUUCCUGGGAAUCACCAGUGGGGAGGGUGCUAUGUUUGCACUCAUGUCCUGCUUGGGAUGUGAGUGGCGCUGUGGGUUAAACCACAGAGCCUAGGACUUGCCGAUCAGAAGGUCGGUGGUUCGAAUCCCCGCCACGGGGUGAGCUCCCAUUGCUCGGCCCCAGCUCUUGCCAACCUAGCAGUUCGAAAGCAUGUCAAAGUGCAAGUAGAUAAAUAGGUACCACUCCGGCGGGAAGGUAAACGGUGUUUCCGUGCGCUGCUCUGGGUCACCAGAAGCAGCUUAGUCAUGUUGGCCACAUGACCCGGAAGCUGUACGCCGGCUCCCUCGGCCAAUAAAGCAAGAUGAGCGCCGUAACCCCAGAGUCGGUCACGACUGGACCUCAUGGUCAGGGGUCCUUUACCUUUACCUUUACCUGCUUGUGGUCUUCCCGUUCAGGCAUCUAGCUGGCCAUGGAGAUAAGAGGAAGUGGGCUAGAUGCAGCAGGGCUCUUUUUCUUUCCGUCUACUUGGUUGUGUUUCGAUAGGGAUAUGUCUCUUCUUUUUAUUAAAAAAAAAUUAUUAUCAAAUUCAGCAUAACAAAUUAUUAAAACAAAUCAUCUUCAUUAUUUCCCCCUUUUUCCCCCUCCCACCUCCCCAGCAAACCCUCCCUCUCUCCCUCCAAGACUUCCCUCAGCUCCUCUCUCUGAUUUCUCAUCUCAUGUUAUUCUCUGCAUAUUGUAAAAUUUUAUACAUCCUUAUAUUAUCUAUCUACUAUAUUAACUCUCAGUAAAUUUGUGUAUGUUUAUUCAAAACCUGCCAAGGAGUCCAGUUCAUUUUGUUAUCUUUUAAAAUAAUUUGCAAAAGGCUCCCAUUCUUCUUUAAAGUAACACCUGUCCUUAUCUCGCAAUUUGCAUGUCAAUUUCGCCAGUUCAUCAAUUUCUCUUGCCACUGUUCUUUUGUCGGGAUUCCCUCAUUCUUCCAUCCUUGUGCUAUCAAGACUCUUGCCGCUCUUGUCGCAUACAUAAAUAAGUUCUUUAUUUUCCUUGGCAGGUCUUGUCCUACAAUCCCUAACAAAAAUGCAUCUGGGGUUUUUUUUUGUUUUUUUUACUAAUGUCAUUUUAAACAUUUUCUUCAACUCAUUGUAUAUCAUUUCCCAAAUUUCUCUACAUUCCUCCCACAGGGAUAUGUCUCAUCUUAAUGCCACAGCACACCUUGCUGUCAAAAUGCUUAAAUGUUCACAAUUGCAAAUUCAGGUGAGAUCCAGGUCCCAGGUGUCUCGCCCAAUAGAUAAAAAAGAGCCAUAAGAACAUACAGUGGUGCCUCGCAAGACGAAAUUAAUUCGUUCUGUGAGUUUUUUCGUCUUGCGAAUUUUUCGUCUUGCGAAGCACGGUUUCCCAUAGGAAUGCAUUGAAAAUCCAAAAGGAAACAAACUUGCAAGACGUUUUCGUCUUGCGAAGCAAGCCCAUAGGGAAAUUCGUCUUGCGAAGCAACUCAAAAAACGAAAAACUCUUUCGUCUUGCGAGUUUUUCGUCUUGCGAGGCAUUCGUCUUGCGAGGUACCACUGUAACAAGAGCUUGCUGGAUCAGGCCAAUCACCCAUCCAGUCCCACAUCCUGUCCUAACAGUGGCCAACCAGAUGCCCCAAAAGAAAAUCUGUAAGCAGGACUUGAGCAUGAGAGCUCUCUCCCCUCCUGUGGUUUCAGAAGCUUUGCUGUCUCCAGCUGUGGAGCAGAGCAUAGCCAUCCCCAGAGGAGGAUGUGUGGCCGGUUCAGUUACACUGGGUGCAGAGAUUUGUGUGGUGUAGUGGUUAAGAGCGGUGGACUCGUAAUCUGGUGAACCGGGUUCGCUUCCCCGCUCCUCCACCUGCAGCUGCUGGGUGACCUUGGGCCAGUCACACUUCUCUGAAAUCUCUCAGCCCCACUCGCCUCACAGAGUGUUUGUUGUGGGGGAGAAAGGGUAAGGAGAUUGUUAGCCGCUUUGAGACUCCUUGGGGUAGUGAUAAGGCGGGAUAUCAAAUCCAAACUCUUCUUCUUCUUGUGGGCACCGCAGCUGUUACGUAGAAUGGAAGGUGAGAGGCGGUGGGCGAAUUUUGGAGUUGGAAAAGGGGUGUGCUGAAAUUUGAGACCCCAAUGUCCACCACUGCUAUCAUGGCUAGUAGCCUUGAUAACCCCUCUCUAUUAAUUUGUCUAAUCCUCUUUUAAAGCUACCUGAGCUAUUGGCCAUCACUGCCUCCUGUUGAAGGUGGUUCCAUAGUUUAACUAUGCACUGCCUGUAGAAGUCCUUUCUUUUAUCUGUCUUGAAUCUUCCAACAAAGUCAGCAGGCAAGCUCCAAAAGGCAGUACAAAUCCUGGUCAUCGGCAUUGCUCAAUACACAUACAGUGGUACCUUCAGGUUACAGACGCUUCAGGUUACAGACUCUGCUAACCCAGAAAUAGUACCUCGGGUUAAGAGCUUUGCUUCAGGGUGAGAACAGAAAUCGUGGUCCUGCGCCGCGGCAGCAGUGGGAGGCCCCAUUAGCUAAAGUGGUGCUUCAGGUUAAGAACAGUUUCAGGUUAAGAACGGACCUCCGGAACUAAUUAAGUACUUAACCUGAGGUACCACUGUAAUGGAGAAAAUAAAACAGCAUUUAUUAAACGGGGGAAAUUGCUUUUCCUUAAAAGGUCCCUUCCCACCUUUCCUCCAGUCACUCAGCUGCUAGGUCUCUAGGCCACCCUGAUCCCUGAAACUGUCAACUGCAGGUAGUUAACCCAAUGCAUUCACCAUGCAUCAUUCCAGUUCAGCUGGUGGGAGCUGUUAGGGCACAGUCACUGCCUUCUGGCUGGUGGAAAACUCCAGAGAGAGAGAGAAAUAUGACACUCCUUUAUCCUUCAGGCUUGGCCGUUGGGUCUUGUUUAUGCCUCAUCCUUUCGGACUGUUGUUAUCCUUGGAGAGAGCUCUCGUCUGAGGGCAUGGAAGAUCUGUGCCUCAUGGUUUUUCCCCUCCAGGUUUAUGCAAUUAUGGCUGACUGGAAAGCCACUCCUGCACUACAGGACAACAAACAACAACUGGGACAUCUGCAAUAUGCAAAAGUUUUAGGACUGUAGCAGAAAGCGAAUUGGAGGCGAAGCAAUCUGUCCCCUGCCGAAACUUUUGCAGGGGCCAACAGUGCUGAAAGCGAGACCGCAUAUAACCACCCAAACACCAUCAUGACCACAAGUAAUCACGAGGGCACAGUAAACUUGCUGCACUUGUGUGACUCACCUGUUGACUAGUUGCUCAACCCAACAAGGCACUAAGUUCAACACUCCUUGCCAGCUGGCUGGAGCACACAGUCCCACCUCAGGACCUUUCAAAGGUCAGAGCAGCUUCCGCCAAUCCUGCUCCUCCCACCCAACCACUCUGGUCCUAGAUCUUUGGAUGUCAACACAGCCCAGUUGGGCCAUUGGGUUCCUCAACUGAAAGUCUUUUAUCUCUGUCUCACUCUCAGCUUUAGAAGCUAAAGUCCACUCAGGCAAGUCCUUCAGAGGCCGUCUUUCUAUUUAUUUGCUACAUUUACAUCUCACUUCCCUUCCACCAGAGACCUCGAGGUGACCCAUGCUGGGUUCCCCUGUGGCCUCUUCCAUUCAGCGAGGGGCUGAUGAGGUCCCUCUAGGCUAUGAUUCAGUCUUCUGGAUCCAUGAGCACUUCCAGGUCCCAGAACUGGGUACUGAGAAGGAUUAUUUGAUUCCCCCACCUCUCUCUCACACACAGCAACAUGUACAAUCCAGAUAGUAUUGUAUAGCCAAGACUGCAGCAUUAAGUAACCAAGACAAAAGCUCUGGAUCUGUUCAAAUGAUAUACCUGAUUGGGCACUGUACCCAAGUAAGUUUGUUACAAGAUACAUGUCUAGCACUCAUAUCCUUACAUACACUACCAAGAGCUUUAGGACCUUUUGCUAGAGGUAUAGUGUGUGUUUGUUAUGAAUACGUGUUUCCCCCCUUAACCCUACCCCCAAAAGCUCACUCACACAAGGGAUAAAGAAAGGUUGGCUUAGUUCCCUGGUGAGAAUGCUCCUAAGCAGUUAAUUGCUAUAAGUGAAACUGUACUCCUCCCCCACUUUCCCCCUCUUCUUCCUAAUGUCUCAACAAAUGAAACUGAUCUGUAAAAAAACGUUACUUGGAGAAAAAAGAGAGAGCGAGAGAGACAUUGCACAUACUUUUGUAAACCAAGAAAAUCUUUAAUAAAAAUACAUUUUUUUAAAAAGUGAAACUGUACUCUCAGAAGCAUAUAUGCAUAUAGAUUUGAUUGCCCUGGGCUGCUAAAGCAAUAAUAAUAAUAAUAAUAAUAAUAAUAAUAAUAAUAAUUUAUUAUUUAUACCCUGCCCAUCUGGCUGGGCUUUCCCAGCCACUCUGGGCGGCUUCCAACAAAAUAUUAAAAUACCGUAAUAAAUCAAACAUUAAAAGUUUCCCUAAACAGGGCUGCCUUCAGAUAAUAGUAGUAGUAGUAGUAGUUGUUUAGUCGUUUAGUCGUGUCUGACUCUUCGUGACCCCAUGGACCAGAGCACGCCAGGCACUCCUAUCUUCCACUGCCUCCCGCAGUUUGGUCAGACUCAUGUUUGUAGUUUCAAGAACACUGUCCAACCGUCUCAUCCUCUGUCGUCCCCUUCUCCUUGUGCCCUCCAUCUUUCUCAACAUCAGGGUCUUUUCCAGGGAGUCUUCUCUUCUCAUAAGGUGGCCAAAGUAUUGGAGCCUCAUGGAGUUUUCUUGGCAGGGAUACUGGAGUGGCUUGCCAGUUCCUGCUCCAGGUGGAUCACGUUUGGUCAAAACUCUCCACUAUGACCUGUCCAUCUUGGGUGCCCUGCUCGGCAUAGCUCAUAGCUUCUCUGAGUUAUUCAAGCCCCUUCGCCAUGGCAAGGCAGUGAUCCACAAAGGGGAAUAAUAGUAGUAGUGAUGAAAUUGACAGCAUAUAUACCGUAUUUUUUGCUCUAUAAGAUGCACCAGACCACAAGACGCACCUAGUUUUUGGAGGAGGAAAACAAGAAAAAAAAUAUUCUGAAUCUCAGAAGCCAGAACAGCAAGAGGGAUCGCUGGGCAAUGAAAGCAGCAAUCCCUCUUGCUGUUCUGGCUUCUGUGAUAGCUGCACAGCCUGCAUUCACUCCAUAAGACGCACACACAUUUCACCUUACUUUUUAGGAGGGAAAAAGUGAGUUAUAGAUCAAAAAAUACAGUAAAUGCUGCUUCAGAGAGCAAAGUUACAGUAGAAGCAGGCAGCAACUUGCACGCUACAAACACAGCUUGAUCUAAAGAGGACAAGGAGGUUCCUUGUCAAAAGCUUAGACAGAGAAUGUGUGACGUUUGACACACUCAAGCUAAAAGUAGAGCAAGAAAGGGAGAGGGGAGCAGAUACCUGAAGCAAAGCUGUCAGGCUGGUCCUACAGAGCACAGAGUAAAAAGGGGUCCAUGCUGGAGCAGCCAUUGAAAACCAUCAUUUUAUUUGUAUGCUGCCUUUCCACAGUUAAAACAAUGCUCAAGGCGGCUUACAGUAUGAAAAGAUUUACAUAAUUACAAGUAAAGCAAAGUAGUCGUAAAAAUAAACAAAACACAUUAAAAACUACACAACCAAACUGAACAAUUUCCACAUAAAGAUAAAGAUACAAAAAGUUAAUAUCAGUAAUAUCAGUUAACAUCAAUAACAACAGCAAAAGCUUCCAACAAAACUUCCCCCCUAAAACCCCAGUCCUCCAGGUGGAGGAAGGCAGGGGCCAAUGUUAGCUUAUGGAGAAGGGAAGGGGGUAUUUUAGAUGAGUAAUUCGGUAAGAACACCUUGAUUAUUCAUUUCUUACAAGUUUGUGUCUGCCAGCUACAGUGGUACCUUGGGUUAAGAACUUAAUUCAUUCCGGAGGUCCAUUCUUAACCUGAAACUGUUCUUAACCUGAAGUACCACUUUAGCUAAUGGGGCCUCCCGCUGCUGCCGCACCGCCGAAGCACGAUUUCUGUUCUCAUCCUGAAGCAAAGUUCUUAACCCGAGGUACUAUUUCUGGUUUAGCACAGUCUGUAACCUGAAGUGUCUGUAACCUGAAGCGUCUGUAACCUGAGGUACCACUGUAUUCUGCUUACCUGACUUUGUUGUUGUUGUUUAGCCAUUUAGUCAUGUCCAACUCUUCGUGACCCCAUGGACCACAGCAUGCCAGGCACUCCUGUCUUCCACUGCCUCCCGCAGUUUGGUCAAACUUAGUUGUAAGCUGAAAUAAUAAAAUGCUAGUGAGAAAUGAACUGGUUAUCUUUGCUUGUUUCCUAAAUUCUAAGUUGCUUUUACUAUUGUCUAUGUGGAACCCACUCCUUUUACAGGAGGGGCAAAUUAACUCCAGAUUACUGCAGUGUCUUAGAUCAGGAAGCAUUGCAAGCCUGUUCAGAAUAAGGACUUGUACCAGGGUCAAGUCCCAUGGACUGCAAGAAGAUCAAACCUAUCCAUUCUGAAGGAAAUCAGCCCUGAGUGUUCAGUGGAAGGACAGAUCCUGAAGCUGAGGCUCCAAUACUUUGGCCACCUCAUGAGAAGAGAAGACUCCAUGGAAAAGACCCUGGUGUUGGGAAAGAUGGAGGGCACAAGGAGAAGGGGACGACAGAGGACGAGAUGGUUGGACAGUGUUCUCGAAGCUACCAGCAUGAGUUUGACCAAACUGUGGGAGGCAGUGGAAGACAGGAGUGCCUGGCGUGCUCUGGUCCAUGGGAUCACGAAGAGUAGGACACGACUAAACAACAACAACAUGGCCUGAGAAGUCUGCCAUGGCUGUGAGAGGCUUCCCAUGACUAUCCCCACAAGUGAGGAACUGGAGCAAGCGAGGUGAACCCUACGAUGCUCAGGAGGCCAGCAUCCUCAUGGCCGCAUUUCCUCUUCCUGGUCACCUGCAGAGUCAUUGCUUACAGCCAGAUCUUCUCCCUUCUUCCAAGCAGACCCUUCCUCCUGUGCUAGAGCCUUCGGGCAGCCCAGUGAGUGCUUGUAGGCUGACUCCAGGCUUCUAAGGCCUCUGGCUAUUGAUCUUGAGGCCUGGUGGGUGAAGUGGGAGUGUCAGUGGGGCUCAGGACAUGGCUGGAUGCGUCGUAGGAGAGGGGAGCCCCGUACUGAGGCCCUCCCUCAGGCUGCCUUAGGACUCUUGCAGGUCCUUCCUCAGUGGCGCUGGGCUCCUCCACAGAUCCUCCUGCCUCUUUCCCAAAGGAGGCCUCUCCUAGGUCAGGAAAGAGCCUGACAGAAGGUGGGUGAUGCUUACCUGCUGCCCAGCAGCAGGGACAGUUCCCUCCAGCUCAGGCCUGGCCCAAUACAUUUCGCCUCUGUAUUAAACGGAAACAUCAUACCUACAUCACAGAAGGGGUGUAGCUCAAGACCACCCCACAGAUACAUCAUACCUACAUCACAGAAGAGGCGGUCUACAACAGAAAUCUGAGUGCGUUGUUUACCUCCUGUCUGGCAGGUUACCUGUUAAUGCUUACUUGAUUGGAUACCCUGGGGAGCCUGGCCAGUGUUUUGUAAUGACAAAUACUUAGUUCCUGAGCCAGGUCACAGGCUGACCCGAUUCAUACACAGACAUACCCUUAAGACAGAUUUGUGAACAAAAAGACAAUGGGGAGGCUCCCCCACCUCCUCCCUCCUUGCAGUGAAAACGUGUGGUCAGUUUGGGAGUGAAAAUGGUUUCAGGGCAGUCCUCCUGUGCUGCUCCAGAAAUGUGGUCCACACAUCUAUGUAUGCGCUUGGUUGGUACAUUUAUGAACAUUUCAUAUACAGUGGUACCUCAGGUUAAGUACUUAAUUCGUUCUGGAGGUCCGUUCUUAACCUGAAACUGUUCUUAACCUGAAGCACCACUUUAGCUAAUGGGGCCUCCUGCUGCUGCCACGCCGCCGGAGCACGAUUUCUGUUCUCAUCCUGAAGCAAAGUUCUUAACCUGAGGUACUAUUUCUGGGUUAGCGGAGUCUGUAACCUGAAGCGUAUGUAACCUGAAGCGUAUGUAAGCCGAGGUACCGCUGCAGAUAGAUGAUAGAUAGAUAGAUAAAUAGAUAAAUAGAUGAUAGAUAGAUAGAUAGAUAGAUAGAUAGAUAGAUAGAUAGAUAGAUAGAUGAUAGAUGACAGAUGAUAGAUAGAUAGAUGAUAGAUAGAUAUGACCUAAAAAAAUUUAUUUCACCUCCUUUACCACCACCUGAGGUGACUGUAGGUGGCCUGUGGGGCAUGCUGCAACUUUGGAGGGGGAAAUGAGGCUGGAGAGGAGCAGGAAGUGGCAGAGGGAACACCCCGUCCCAAGGGAUAACUGGGGUGGCAAUGGCGGCUACUAUCUGCAGCCAAAGGAGCAUCAAAAGCACAUAAGGAUGCUCCUUUUUUCCAGAUCUGCCACCCCUCCCCAGCCUGCUGCCUGAGGUGACUGCCUCCGUGAGGCCAAUGGGUGGGCCGGUCCUGCUCCAGCUCCCUGGGGCAAGAGCCCAGGGCAGUCUGUUCUCAGAUAGCUCCACCAAUGCACAUAGGAUCACCAGGAAUGUAUGUCUGCAUGUCCAGGUACCUGGGGGAAACAUCAACAGAUGAACAGAAUGGUGAUCACUGUGAGGCAGCAACCUUACCCUGGGCCACUAGGGAAAUUGCAUGCUGCCUCACUGUGGAAAGGAAGAAGAGACAUGAAUGCACACACUUUGGAAUAAGUUUAAUCAUCUCUCUGGAGGGCUUUGGAGAUGGGCUGGUAGAAGGGUUGGCUCUGUUAAUUCUUAACUUUUUCGCCGGCAGCUGUUGGUACAUCUUGGGUGGGGAGGCUUUGGCUUGCAAGAGGGCAACGAGGUCUUUGCAGCCCUUUCCCCCUGGGCAGGCGGAGUCUGUAGGGCUCACCUUGGAAGGACAUGCUCACAUGCGCUGGGGUUACGCAACUAGGCUCAUUAAGCCCUGUGACUCGGGACAUGCGAACUCCUCGAGGCUGAACGGUGGAAACCUAAGUACCCAGUUACCCCUCAUGUGAGGCAUGUCGCCUUUGGAGGAAGGAUGGCCACGUACAAUCACAGCAGGGCAAUUUCUGAUGACCUCUGGGGAUUAAAAAGCUCCUGGCAGAGAUGGGAGCCAGGAAAAUGAUUAUCACCCCUGUCAUGUGGCAUGCUCUGCCAGGAGAGAUUCAGCAGCUGCUUUCUGUUUCAACUACGGACUUUUCUAUUCGAUCAGGAUUGUGCAGGCAGUUAAGAAUGCAUCCUUCCAUAAUUGUUCACUGAUUUCUGAAUUUAAUUUUUAUACGGUUUCUAGCAGGGUUGUCAUAUUUCAAAAAGGUUAUAAUUCGGACACAAAAGUUGUGGAGCUCUUUAAAGGAAGUUUAGCCAUACGUCCAGAUUUUCCCAGACACUCCAGCUAUUUCUGCCCGGACGCUGCUUCCGACUGCUGUUUUCUGGGUAUCUCUGGGGAAUUACAGACAUAUGGCAACCCUUUUUUACCGUAUGGUUUUACAUUUAAUUGUUGAAAGCUGCUCUGCUUUUUUCAGAGGAGAAAUACAGUGGUACCUGGGGUUAAGAACUUAAUUCGUUCUGGAGGUCUGUUCUUAACCUGAAACCAUUCUUAACCUGAGGUACCACUUUAGCUAAUGGGGCCUCCUGCUGCCGCCGCACAAUUUCUGUUCUCAUCCUGAAGAAAAGUUCUUAACCCGAGGGACUAUUUCUGGGUUAGCGGAGUCUGUAACCUGAAGCGUAUGUAACCUGAAGCGUCUGUAACCCAGGGUACCACUGUACAGCAAAAGCAGGACACAGGAAGUGCCUAGUGUCUGUCCCAGAAGCUCUUGCAAGUUAGCAAGCCCAACUGCUGGACUCCACAAGGUGCGGAAAUAAUUCUCUCAUGCUUGAGUCCUGCCUGAAGGUCUCCCACGGGCAUGCAGUUAGCAACUGUGAGAACAGGAUGCCAUUGUUCUGAUCCAGCGGGUCAUCCUUAUGAGCAACCAGAGAGGUGCUGAUCAGUCCCCAGCCCUGAAACCUGUUUUUCAGAACUGAGAUCAGUCCUGAAAAAUGGCUAAUAAUAAGCAUCUUAACAUUUCCCCCCUACACUGAAGCAGGUUUCUAGGCUAGGGUGUGUGGCCUAAACCCUUAAAAAAGUAACAACAAUCACCUAAGCCCUCAGUUGGCAAUAUAGCUGUCUCUGAUUGAAGUCCCAUGUCUUCAGACCACAAAACAAAAUUCUGUAGGUCGGGAUGCAAAAGCUCCAUCCUGCAAAGGCCUGUUUCUUGUUCCCACCAGUGUUUCCAGACUCCUUUCCUCUUGAGACUGGAGCAAAACACCUACCCUCAUCUUCUAGACAAGAGGCCCUUUCAUGAGUCAUUGUGGAGCAGCUUUUCCAAGCUUGGUUGGGUCACUUUCGGUUGUCUCCUUCUAGCUGUGUGGGAGUAAUGAGGCCGGCACAGAUGAGGCAGCCAGCUGUGGACCAGCUAAGUUAUGGCUCCUCUGGGAUCCUGCCACACUGUUCUGGAGGGAACCUCCACUCUGGCCUCCAGCUGUGCUGCCUUUGGAAGUCACGUCUGAAUUCACCCUCAAGAUGUCUGGUGCCUUCCACUUUCAAUUGCACAAACAAUAGAGGGUUCAGUGUGGGAGGACUUGGCGUGAAUAAGAUGCUUUUGAAUUCUGGUGCUGGAGAAGACUCUUGAAAGUCCCAAGAAGAUCAGACCGUUCCAUUCUGAAGGAAAUCAGCCCUGAGUGCUCACUGGAAGGACAGAUCCUGAAGCUGAGGCUCCAAUACUUUGGCCACCUCACGAGAAGAGAAGACUCCCCGGAAAAGACCCUGAUGUUGGGAAAGAUGGAGGGCACAAGGAGAAAGGGACGACAGAGGACGAGAUGGUUGGAUAGUGUUCUCAAAGCUACCAGCAUGAGUUUGACCAAACUGCGGGAGGCAGUGGAAGACAGGAGUGCCUGGCGUGCUCUGAUCCAGGGGGCCACGAAGAGUCGGACACGACUAAACGACAACAAGAUGAGCCUGUUGGAUCAGGCCCAAGGGAGCCCGUCUAGUCCAGGAUUCUGUUCUCACGGUGGCCAAACAGAUGCCCCAGUGGGAAACCAACAAGCAGGAUUUGAGCACAAGGGUGAUCUCCUCUCCUGUAGUUUCCAGCAACUGGUAUUCAGAAGCACUGCUGCCUCAAACUUUGGAGGCAGAGCAUAGCCAUUGUGUAGCCAUCCAUCACCCUCUCCAAUCCUGGUUAUGUAAGCUUUCAGAAUAUUUAGAAUUAGACAAAUUGACAGAUAUAAUAAGACAAAAACCAAAAAGUGAAGUCAAAAAGGAAUGGGAGUGUCUAAAUGAAUACCUUAAAAGCCAAGGUUCGAGGACAGAACAUCUGGCCGAGCCUGGAAUAACCUUGUGAAGUGAAAGGAUAAGAAAGAGGGAUUUAUAUCUAGAUGCUAGGAUAGAGAUGAUCAGGAAAACAGGAAAACAGGAAGACACAAUGAGAGACUGGUGGAAGUCAAUGUUUGUUUUUCUUUUUAGUGUUUAUAUUAUUAACCUGUAAGAUAUGGAUUUGUGGUUUUUUUGUUUUUUGAAUGUUGGUUUUUGUGUAUUGUUAUUUUUUGAUAUUUUUCGUGUUGUUGUUGUGUGGAAAAUACUAAUAUAAUUUAUAAUAUAAAUAAUAAUAAUAAAAAAGAAUCUGUCCAAUCCUCUUUUAAAGUAAUCCAAGUUGGUGGCCAUCUCUGCCUCCUGUGGGAGCAAGUGCCAUAGUUUAACUGCGUGCUGCGUGAAGAAGUCCUUUCUUUUAUCUGUCUUAAGAUUCAUCAGAUAUCCAUGAGUUCUAGUGAAUAAAUGAGGGUAGAUAUGACAAGCAGGAUAUAUAUCUGGUUACGGUCUGGAUUUUGAAGCAACAAUGGCCUUUACUCCCCACUGUGGCACCUCACAUUUAUGACACACGUAGCAUUACUCUGCAAUGUUCUGAUGAGGCUCCAAACUACAUCCUGGACCAAGGAAGAAAAUGCGUCAAUCAAAGAGGAGGAGGAAGGAUAGGGGACGGCAGAGGCAGGUGGGAACUUCCAAAUAUCUAAGAGAGGGAAAUGGCAAGCCUUAAAAAGCAGGGUUCAAAUUACCCGUCUCUCACAAAGCAUCUGAAGGGCAAAGCUUGAAUGUGGGUUGUUGGUGGUUUUUUUUGCAUAUGGCAUUUUAUUUCUUAUACAAAUAUUGAGGCAUAGGGUUGCUCAGUACCAUCAGUACAUGCAAAUAUCUGGUUCAUUUAAGACUAUAUAGAACCUUUGUUCUCAAUAAAGAUGGAACUUACAGGUGAAGAAUGCCGUUAUUUUUUAAUAAAUCAUUACUAUUUGUAAAGGGAACCUUUGUUAAAUACUGUACUAUUAUCCUUUGGAGCUGUGCUGGAUCUCUGUACUUUUCUCCAGUGCUUUUUUUCUGGGGGGGACAUACAGAGGUACGCAUACCCCUAAACAUUUUGUGAAUCUUUGUACUUUUGUCCAUUUACUGUAUUUAUUUUUCCCGAUUUUAACUAUAAAAUAGUCAUUUUCUUGAGUCAAAAUGAGAGUACCCUUAAACAUUUUUUUUAAAGCACUGCUUUUUCUCCUUCCAGAUUGUGGUCCUUUACAGUUUAAAUUUCUGAUUGUUUUCUUUCUUUUUUGUUAUGUUUGUAUACUUGUUUGUCAAUAAAUAGCUUUUUAAAUAGCCACCCCCAAAAAAGUUUUUGGAGCUUUGUGGUCCAGCGCACCUCAGGCUCCCUUCCAUAGCAUAAUCCACACGGCUGUGUCUGCAAAUCCACUUGGCAAGAGUGGAAAGCUAUUGUAAGACUACAUCCAAAGGAGGAAGAUGUUUGCUCCAAAGCAUCAGAAAAAAAAGGUAAAAGAAACUGAAAAUGCAGGUGUUUAUUUUCAAUGUAGGUUUCAUCUGCUGGCCAUGCCUGGAGCACAUGAUAUAUGGAGGUGUGUGUGCGCGCAAAGCAAACAUGCUCUGUGUCUGUGGCCUGGCUGUGUUGCACAGGGGUAGGAAAUUACACCACAAGGGAUGGAAGAAAAGAGCCAGUCUGUUCCCCAGCGUCUCCUGGCCCUCCGGCUGCCCUUCCUGCCCUCCCAAAGCCACAAUGACUUGCCUGCCCACUGUGGCGCAGGCCCUGCUGGGACGAAAACAGGAUCCUUUUCCUCCCACAGGUCUGGCCUGGCACCAUGACAGUGACACCGGCUCUGGCAGGCUUGGCUCCAAGACAUUCAUGGGAGGAAGAGGAGAGAGAGAGAAAGAAAGGAAGGAAGGAAGGAAAUAAAACCUAGUGUCUCAUCACUGGUGUGCCAGGAGGGCAUUCUACAAAAAGCACCCAGUAUUCAGAAAUUGCAGAAAGCACAAAAAGUACACAUUUCCCACAAGAGAGACAGAAAACUAGAGGCCUGCCAUAGCUGUCAACUUUUUCGUUCUGCCCAGACACUAAGGUCCAGCGCCGAGGGCCUUCUGGCGGUUCCCUCGCUGCGAGAAGCCAAGUUACAGGGAACCAGGCAGAGGGCCUUCUCGGUAGUGGCACCUGCCCUGUGGAACGCCCUCCCAUCAGAUGUCAAGGAGAAAAAUAACUACCGAACUUUUAGAAGACAUCUGAAGGCAGCCCUGUUUUAAUGUUUAAUAGGUUAUUGUAUUUUAGUGUUUUGUUGGAAGCCGCCCAGAGUGGCUGGGGAAACCCAGUCAGAUGGGCGGGGUAUAAAUAAUAAAUUAUGAUGAUGAUGAUGAUGAUUUUCUCUUUUCUUGCGUGGAAUCCUACUCGGAAUAAGGGAACUUCCCUUAAAAAAAGGGAAACGUUGACAGCUAUGGGUGGGGGAGAGGGAAGGAUCGGGUCGGGGGGGGGGCCUGCGCGUGCCUGGGGGGGUAGCAUGCUUCCCUCUCUAUUGGUGGUUGGGGGCACCUCUGAGCAAACGGCGAGUGGGGGAUCGCCCGUGGGUGGGAUCGUUCCCUCCUCCCCCACACCUCUUCCACUCGGGGGGUCGCUAGGCGGGGCGCCCCCUGGCGGGGCUUCCACCCACUGCACCUUCCCGGGAGGCGCGCCUGCGCGGGAGGCCCCUCCGGUGCGGGGGCGUGGCUUCCUUCGGGUGGGUGUGGCGGGACAGAGCGCUCGCUCUCUCUCUCUCUCUCUCUCUCUCUCUCCCGCGCGCGCGCUCCUUCUCUUGUCUGGUCCCGCGCAGGAAGUGACUGGGCGGCCUCGGCCCCGCCUCCCUCGAGGGCCCAGGCUAUAAGUAGGCGCGGCCCGCGCGCCUUCCGAGACAGAGCCGUGUGCGCACGAGGUCGGGCGUCGGCGCUGUCGGCGCCGCUGAUUGGCCGAGGCGGGCGGACGCCAGCCAGGGAAGGGAGAGGAGCAGCCGGCGCGAGGAGCAGGCGACACUCCCGGGCAGCCGCCGCUCGGGUCAGACCACCUGAGGGGACUCCGCCGGCGACGCCACUCCUACGGGCCCAACUCGGUGAGGCGGAGGCCUGAGGCGGAGAGAAAGAGCGGGCGGGCGCUUCUUCCUCCUCCGGGUUUCCCUCAGGCGGGAGCGGCCGUUAGGCGCAGGCGGGAAACGCGGGUCUGCCGGCCCUCACAGCGGAGGCGGGGAGGGUCCCCCGGGAGGGGAGGGGGAGGGGCCCGACGGCCCCCGGAGGGAAAGGGAGCGAGCGAGCCCCUGCCUCGGACUCCUGUCAGGACAGGCCGGUGACCUUGGCGGGCGGCAUGGCUGCUGGUGUGGCCGGCCGGCCUCUUUGUCCCGCGCGGAAGCCGGCUCAGCGCCGCCCUCGGAGCGGGGAGGAAGCAUGGAGCGCCUGGCCGGGGUGAGGGGCUCCCCCUGGAGUCGGCCAGGUGUUUGUUGGGUGCCUCGUCCAUCUGGCUCAGUACAGUGGUACCUCGGGUUACAUACGCUUCAGGUUACAGACUACGCCAACCCAGAAAUAGUGCUUCAGGUUAAGAACUUUGCUUCAGGAUGAGAACAGAAAUUGCGUGGCGCAGCGGCAGUGGGAGGCCCCAUUAGCUAAAGUGGUGCUUCAGGUUAAGAACAGUUUCAGGUUAAGAACGGACCUCCGGAAAGAAUUAAGUACUUAACCCGAGGUACCACUGUAGUGGGUUGACAAAGCAAAUUUGGUAAGAACACCUUGAUUAUUCAUUUCUUACAAGUUUGUGUCUGCCAGCUACAGUGGUACCUUGGGUUAAGAACUUAAUUCGUAAGGUCCAUUCUUAACCUGAAACUGUUCUUAACCUGAAGCACCACUUUAGCUAAUGGGGCCUCCUGCUGCUGCUGCACGAUUUCUGUUCUCAUCCUGAAGCAAAGUUCUUAACCCGAGGUACUAUUUCUGGGUUAGCGGAGUCUAACCUGAAGCGUAUGUAACCCGAGGUACCACUGUAUUGCCUCAGCCAUGGCUCUUGAGGGCUUGAGGCAGGGAGUCUCCUCUUCCUACCUGGUCUACGGACCUUCCAUGUGGUGGGCGGCAUGGGCUGACUGACACAAGGCUUUUCUUCUUUUCUCUCCACCCCCUCCAAUUUCCUUCCAGGAUGAGAGACCCCCGAUUGCUGCCUCCUUCUUCGCACAGACGUCCUUCUUCCUCCUCCUCUUUCGCAGCAGGAUGGCGGACCAGGCAGCACCCCUGAGCAUCUCUUUCAGCCAAAGGAACUUGACCACAGAGACUGGCAUACCCAGCUUAUAG